UUCGAUUUCCCCAGACCUGAUAAAGCAUUUUGCCUGUAAGCAUUAUCAAUGGAGGCGAACGAGACGAAGAAGAAUCGAUGGAGCCACGAAGUACAUUAAACAGAAGAGGUUACCAUCCACCACUCCAUCAUCAGCGACAAGAUCCAGAUCAUGCUGUUGGAUGAAUUCGAGAAGCUACUGGAAUGCAGGGUGCUGAAGGACGAAGAAAUCGUUAGCUCCUGCGAGUCGCUGACUUUCAAUUCAUAUCUCGUCGAUGUUGCUGAUCCGGAGGGUCAUCAUGUAACGGUUCCGGGCUUCCGGCGUGAGAUAAGAAGAUGCCGCAGCGUGGACCUAGUUUCGCGACUAGGCAGAAGUUCAGAUGUUCCUCUAUUGAUUCUGGUUGUGAAAGUUGUUUGCAGUUCAGAUUUCAGGAAGAGUGAGCUGCAGAAGUAUGAGGCACCAAAUAAUGGUAAAGAUACGGUUACCCUUGGCGCUGCAGUUUGGCUUCCACAUAUUGAUGCAUACCCUUUCAAUUACCAGAUUCAGAUCAAGCUAUAUGAUGCAAGCCGGAACAUUCUCAGUAGUAGGCACCUCAAGAAAGAUGAAAGAAUAUGCUCUAGAGAAUCAAUAGCAUUUGGUGGCUAUUUGGUUGAUGUUGGAAAACUUGAAGGAGACAAACAAGUUCUACCAGGCUUAAAUGAUGAAAAUUCUCCCAGAGAAAUUCGCAAACCCGAUAGUGUAAUUCAUACUUCAUUUAGAUCCAGCAAAUCGACACUCAAAGGUUGGUUGAUGUGGGAAUCACAUGGUAAUGAUCUGCCAAGACAAGAUUUAAGUUGCAGCAGUCCAUCUAACAUAGAGAGGACCAAGGUUGCUGAGACUGUUUCUGCAACAAACCUCUACGUUAUGCUUGGGAGAUAUUGUCUGUUCUUAAGAAACCACCUAAGAAGAGUGCUGCUGCAGAAUGCAUCAACUACUGCCAACAUGCUCAUCGUUCCUACAUUGAGGUGCUCCAAGCUUCCACUUCUGGAGACUCCUUAUUCCCAGCUCUUGAAACAAGUGAAAAUCUGA